GUCAACUGUCAUAUCUGGGUCGCAUGAGAGCAGACAGACAGCCAACAUGGACCAAUGUGCAUCACAUCUUCUUCAGCCAGCGCCAUCACAGCUCUCUCCCUCUCUCUCUCUCUCUCAUUACAACGUAGUAAAAUACAAUACAGCAAGCCCAACAAAGUCAUCGCGCGAAAGAAACAUAUGCAAAAAAUGAUAAAUAAACAAACAACUAAUAGCCCCCCGAUGGCAAUAACAGGAGAUGACGCUAUUCACUGCUUCCUCUCCCUCCAACCCCGCCAAACCCACUACUUUACGCGGUCAACUGGCGAUAUUCUCCCUCCCUGAAACGCGAGAAAACACUCUCUAAAAAACCGGCCCACAGGUGUAUGCUGUCUUAUCGGCAUGGCCCGUGCCUUUCUGAGUUAGCAGCAGUGCGGCGUGGCGCUCCAUGAGCAACUACAGUUGAUUUGAAGCGUUUUGAUAGCUGAAAACGAAACGAAACAAAACAACG